GACAGCUCGCUAUGGAGGCCGGCAGGACUGCGGUGUUGCGCGUGAAGCGGAAGCGUAACGCGGAGCCUGCAGAAGCUCUCGUGCUGGCCUGUAAACGCCUCCGGAGCGGCGAGGUCCAGUCGUCUGCUCAGGAGACGCCGGAGGGUCCGGAGACAGCGGCUGAGAGUAAUGUCUUCCGGUUGGUUGCUACCGUGCGCUCCCAGGAGGAGCCCAUCCAGCAGCUUGUGCGAGCUGCCCUGCGCCCGUCCCGGAGCAGCCAGCUGCGUAUCCGCCGCGACCUUCGCGCCUCAGUUCGCGAGGUCCGUAAAGAGGGCCGCUACAGGGUAGUCUCCAACCACCGAUCCUCGGGGACCUCCAGUGGUUUGGAGUCCCAGUGUGUGUCAGAAGCUGAUGGGGAUGCAGGCUUCCAGUUGUUGGACCUGGUCCACGAGGAGGGAGACCCAGAGGCGGCUGCCGCAGAGUGCUGCAGAACAUCUGAUCCAGAUGUGAUCCUCUGCAAUUCUGUAGAGCUGAUCCGUGAGAGACUGACGAUUUCUGAAGAUGGACCACAAGUAGAGCACCAGAAGGAACCAAAGCACGAUGAUGACUAUGUAUAUGACAUUUACUCUAUGGAAAUGGCCCCUCUAGAGUGGAUUGAGGACAUCCUGUCUGUGCAGCCCUACAGCCAGGAGUGGGAGCUGGUGAAUGAAGAUCAGCAACCAGAAGACACAUAUGAAGAAGAAGAUGAUGAAAACAGUGAAAAUAAUUGGCGCAAUGAGUACCCAGAUGAAGAAAGCAGUGAUGAAGAUUCUAGAGGCUCUAAUGAAUACAACAGCCUCAGUGAGGAGGAAAGCAGCAGCAGGCAGUUGGUGUGGAGCAAGUACCCUUUGGAUGUACAGAAGGAGUUUGGUUAUGAUAACCCCCAUGAUCUGGAUUCGGAUUGAUGGUCUCCUGAGAUUCUUCCAUAAGCCCUUGAGGACUCUUGACUACAGUGUCAUCAUCUUAGGAUGCCUAACUGAACAUGUAGAAGGAAAAACUAUGCCCCAGCACAGCAAAGACCUAACUAAGAGCUCUUCUUAUAAGUGAUUAAGUGAAGCCAAGCAUGCUGGCUCCUGCCUGUAAUUUCUAGCAUUCAAGAAUCUAGGACUAAAAGGAGCACUGAAAAUGGAAGGCUAGCCUAGACUACAUAGAAAGUUUUAGGCUAACCUCAGCAAAAGAAUUAAGAUUCUAUUAAAAAAAAAAAAUAGUGAGUUAUCCUACAGUCUGGAAAAUAAAAUGAUGUGAAACCUCCAGCCCAGGUGGUUUUUCUGUAAUCCCACAUCUGUGCUCAAGCCUAAAGCAGCUGGGAUGUGAAACCUCCAGCCCAGGUGGUUUUUCUGUGAUCCCACAUCUAUGCUCAAGCCUAAAGCAGCUGGAGGGAGGAAGCAAUUUCAUCGGCAGUACAAUUUACCUUCCCUACUGGAGUGCCUGCCUCCAGGGAAGCCUGUUUUCUUUGAUGGAUGUCAUCUCUACAAGGGCAACAGUGCCUCCCCUGCCUGAACUAUGGGAAGUAACCCCUCUCCCCCUUUGGACUAUAAUGGUCAUAAAGACUGCUGUCAUCUUUUGGUAGUGGUGUUAAGGAACAGUAUUAUGUGAUAUUCUCUAAUAAAAAUUAACUUUUUAAAUUUUUUA